CAGGGUUCAGGGAGACCAGAUAUAGUGAAUGCAGGGUCCUGGGGAGACUAGAUAUAGUGAAUGCAGGGUCCUGGGGAGACCAGAUAUAGUGAAUGCAGGGUCCUGGGAGACCAGAUAUAGUGAAUGCAGGGUCCGGCCGGGGAGAACAGAUAUAGUGAAUGCAGGGUUCAGGGAGACCAGUUAUAGUGAAUACAGGGUCCGGGGAGACCGGAUAUAGUGAAUGCAGGGUCCGGGGAAACCAGAUAUAGUGAAUGCAGGGUCCUGGGGAGACUAGAUAUAGUGAAUGCAGGGUCCGGGGAGACCAGAUUAAGUGAAUGCAGGGUCCUGGGAGACCAGAUAUAGUGAAUGCAGGGUCCUGGGUUUAGUACAUGUUGAUGCAUGCCUGGCCCAAGGCUAGGUUCACAGUGCUACGAUUCG